ACAUGACUACGGAAACGUUGUCGCGAGAAAUAGACGCUCAUAUUGUGACACUGCUCACGCGGAUGUCAGCUUUAAAGGAGAAUAACGCGGAGUUGGUGGAAAGGAAGGCACCGAUGUCCAUCGAGGCACGCAGUUUAGAACUAUGGAGAGCAGUGGCUGUAGAGUGUUUCGCCACUUUUCUCUUCAGCCUCGUUGUAUCCGGUGCGGCUGCGUCCUCCGCAGUUUCCGGUAGCGGUCUCUCUGUUUUGGCGAUCGCCGUUGCUUCUGGUUUCGCCAUCGCCGCGAUCUGCUUGAUCUUUGGACACGUUAGCGGUGGCCACGUGAAUCCAGCUGUCUCUGUAUCUUUCGCUUUGUGUCGACGGAUCUCUUUGCUUCGAGCUGCACUUUACAUAGCUGCACAAUGCGGAGGCGGUAUAGCUGGCGCGGCGAUGCUUUACGGGGUGACUACGCCUUCCAAUACGCAAACAUUGACAUCCCCAGGUCGCCUCGGUGGAGCUAUCGAAAGACUACUAGUGGAACUGGCACUCUCGGUACUUAUAGUCUUGGCCCAUUUCACCUCAGAAUCUUCCAAAACGUUACCAUCGUCAAUUUCGUCAAAACCAGCCGGUGUGCUAGCUGCUGCUUAUACAGCGGCUACUUUAGUUUCGAGUCCAUUCUUGAACCCGGCUAGAGCUCUGGGUCCAGCUUUCGUGAGUAACCGAUGGGACAACCAUUGGGUGUAUUGGGUGGGACCGUUGUCGGGAAGCGCGGUAGCAGCUCUGCUCUACGAGUACGUCCUGAAUCCGAAACGAUCCAGGGAUCCUCGAGAGAUGGACGACGGCGACAACUCGUCGAUGAGAUCCGACGAGGACACUUACGACGAUCUGGACAAACCAUCCGGACCAAAGUUUCCCACCGCUUACGCCACUUACCGUCCAGUAGCUGGAGCAUCUUCUUCUAUUUACAGUGCCCCUCCGACAGCCUUGGAACGUGUCGAAUCCAUCUACGGUGGAACCAAGUCGCUCUAUUGCAAGUCUCCGCCUUUGACCCGGGCAAACUUGAAUCGUUCCCAAAGCGUGUACGCUAAAUCAACGUCUGGUACGCGAGAUGGUUUGAUGAUUCCUAAGCCAGGCCCGUUAGCGCCGGCUCAGAGCUUGUACCCCAUCAGAAUAGGCCAGCCAGCCACAAAUUCUACAAGGGAGAAUCAACAACUACCAACGAAUUUACCAACAACCGGUGGACCGACUCAGACUUCACAGAAUCAUAACAGUACCAAUCAGAAUAUGCAGAAUCAGCUGCAGCAAUGUACACAGAGUAUUUACGGAAUCAGAGGAAUUUCAACGAGUCUUAGCACCCGAGAGAACGGUAUCUAUGGGGUUUCUACGAGCUCCAGUAUAUACGGCAGGGCUCCAGCUCCUCCUCCAAGUAAUCAGAACCCUCAACAGUCUCCUGCAAGUGUUCAGUCAUCUGGACAGAAUCACCAUCAACAGCAGCAGCAGCAGCAGCAGCAACAACAACCGCCGCCGCAGCAACAGCAGCAGCAGCAACAGCAACAACAACAACAACAACAGCAACACCAAAACGGGCCCAUAUCCGCCAAUACGGAUAACGCAACGAACUCUAGAAGACCAGAGAGUAUGUAUGGCCAUAUCUCUAGGCGCAGCGACGAUUCUGCAUACGGUAGCUACCAAGGUUCUACACGAGGAAACUAUGCCAAAGUACCUGGACCUCCUGGGUCAACAGGACCACCGAACGGACCACCGGGUCCUCCUCAAUACCGUGAACAAUCCAGACCUAGCCCAGCUGGCCCCUUGCAACAAAAUCAGCAGAGUAAUUUCACGAGAAAUUCUCCGAAUCCUCAGUAUUGACUGUAAAUUCAACGAGUAUAUUUAUUUUGUUAACUGCUAUUAACUGCUGGAUGCAGUUGAGAAAAGAACUUACCGUUUCUUAAACGUUGAGUCAUCAGGAAUACGAUGAUAUUCGCUGUCACAAAUAUUCCUUCGUGGGUUAGGCACACCAGCAUUACCUACAAAGUCAGAGAUUUGUUAAAUCUAAAAGAGGAACUUGAUACGUGCCAUUUUAUAGUGUGAUGGAAAAGCACGGAGUAGUGGAACUUGAACGAAAGUUUCAACCAUCCAAAGACUUAAAUAAUCUUUUAAACUGUUUUUCGAUCGUGAUGGAAUUAGUAUUCAUAUUGUAGUGAUGAUAAUGUUUUCAACUAUAGGAAUUUUCAUUACCAAAAUUUUAUAGAUUAAAUUGAAAUCAUAUAUACUUUGCCAUCGUGUUCGUAUCGAAAUAAACCGUUAAUUGAUUGUUUUAAAUUUUAUUCGAUUCGAUUCGAUUCGAUUCGAUUCGAGUAUCGAUCGUUACUUAGCCAUCUAGGGAGAAAAUGCGAAAGCAAUUCUUGAAACUCUCAUGGAAAUGAAGAUUUAUUCGAUAUCACUUUUUUCAAAGUCAAUAUUAUAAGAUAAACUGUUUGAAAGUAUAGCCGAUAUAACAGGACUGAUCUCAUGAAUAAUCUUUUAUACGUUGAAUUUUUAUUAAAGACGAAAACCAGGUGUAGAUAUAUUGAAAAUUAAGCCUGGAAAUUUGUUGCUGUAACGUCGCUGUAAAGUGUUCAUUCCGGUAUACAUAACGAAAUUUCUUCAACUUUCCGACAUUAUUUUAUAAGGUAUACAUGUAUUAUGAAUCAGAUAGAAAAUAAUUUAAAGCUGUGUACGAAAUGAAAAAAUGAAAAUGAACCUCUUUAAAUUUCUACUAGAAAAUAUAUUGGAUACCGAUGAAGCAGCAAGUGUUUUUGUAUAUAUUAAAUUUGUAUUUAUUAUCUUUAUUAUAGCUAUAUACGUGUACAACUUUAAUUAUCGUACCAUUUACACAUGUAUAUGUACGUAAGUAGAAAGAAUUCGAUAAUAAACAAGUCCGGAACUCA